GCCUCGUGAGCGCGCUAGGAGGGGGACUGCAGAAAUUAGCUCUGGUUACUAUAUUUUCACACGUCUGCUCUUCCUUGGUACUGCUCGGUGCUCCCACGUUCUCCUUCAAUACCGUUAGCUCUUCAGGGACUCACCACUACUGAGCGGCGCUUGCAGCCGCUGACCAGCCUCAUUCCCACCAGCGAAAUCUCCGCUCCAGCCGGCAAGGUAAUGGCACAGAUUCUGGCUUUCAACGUCUCCAUCCUGCCUCCUCUUGUCCUCCUUUUCAUUUUGGUGCUUCAUGGAAUUGGUCAGAUUUGUGCCUUAGAGGGAGGUCAGAGGAAUGGAAAAGUCACUGCACAACUGCCGGAUCCUGUCAAUAACCUUCAGGACCAAGAGCUUUGGUCUCAACGGCACAGAACAGGGCAACAUCGGAAACAUGGGGGACCAAAGAAAGAGAGAGUAAAUGUCAUGCUUUCUAAAGUUUUAAUGCCUGGAGAGGACAGUCCAAAACCACAAACCUUAACUCCAGUCAGGCUAGCAGGAGAGGGCACAGAAAGAAUUGCAGAAGACACAGAGGACUUUCUGAGAUUUGAUUUCCAGCAUCUGGAUGAAGAUAAUCGUUCCUCAGGCUUGGAGUCUGGAAUGAAAGGAAAGAAGCACAGCAAGGAGAGUCGAAAACAUCAACGGAAAGACCGUGGGAAAGCCCAAAGAGGGAAGAUGGUGAGCCCUGAAGUGGAGCAUAUACCUGAGGAGCCUGAAAUUGUUGAGAGGACAUCAUUAAGCACAUGGAAAGGAGAACCUUCUGCUGUUCCAGCAUCCACAGCUUCUACAAUGCUACAGACCAGUGAGAGGACCAGUGUCACUUCUGAGGAACAGGUGGCAGCACAUUUUACUUCUGGUCAUCGGCAGGCACGUGUAAGGACUGAUGCUGAUGUAAUGCCUACUCUUGACAUGACUCUGUUUGACUGGACAGACUAUGAAGACUUGAAACCAGAAACUUGGCCUUCUGCCAAAAAGAAAGAUAAGCGUCGCAGUAAGAACCAAAGCAAUAUGAAUACAACUUCAGAGACUGAAGCUGAACCAUGUGACCACCAUCUGGACUGCCUUCCUGGUUCCUGCUGUGACCUGAGGCACCAUAUCUGCAAACCACACAACCGUGGCCUUAACAAUAAAUGUUUUGAUGACUGCAUGUGUGCGGAAGGUCUACGCUGUUAUGCAAAGUUUCACCGGAAUCGCAGAGUGACCAGAAGGAAGGGGCGCUGCAUUGAACCAGAAUCAAUGAACAGUGAACAAGGAUCAUUUAUUAGUGUGUAGCAAACCUGUGGAGUGCUAUUACGGAUUGGAAGAUAGUAGCCUACCACUCUAUGCCUGGAGGAUUGUCAACGUAACUUAACCAAAUUGUUAACCUCUGAGCUUUGCAGCUGCCUCUCACCUAGGAAAACAAUUUGUGAAUCACAACUAUGAACCAUUCCUUCUGAGGGGCUUCAUCAAAGUACUUGCAUCUUUUAAAGUUCCUAGGAAAGUAUAACAUAUUACAGAGCUCAUGACUAAUUAACUACUGUUGACCAAGAAGUUAUUGUUAUUGACUUAAAGGCAGCAAUGAACUAUCAGUUUUAAAAUAUCAUCAUAUUUUAACUUGCAUAAUAAUCGUAACUACUUGAUUAGUCUGUGGUAUCAAUGAUUAAUGUCAGCCUUUCUAAUGAAAAUGAUGGAAUAUUAAUGAUGUCAUAAAAUAUCUUGGAAAAAAAUUAAAGAGAAGUAGAAAGUAAA